CAUUUUGGCUCUUUCACCAUGUGCUUUGCUUCUUCCUUCCUCUCUGCUUUCCCUGCUCUACCCAACCCCACUCCCCCACCCACCCACCCCCUCCCUCCCUUUUUAUAUACACUCUAUUAUCACUUUCAUUUGAAUUUCAAGAACCAAAUUGAAAACAUGGGGUUCCUAUUUUUCUCACUAUUACUACUCUUUUCAGUAGAAACAAAAGCAAAAGCAAAAACAGACCCCGUUUUUGCAAACAACACAAGCAGUAUCAGCUACUCCAUAGAUGGAAUUAAAAGUAGUUGUAAUAUUUACAGUGGAAAAUGGGUUUAUGAUUCUUCCUAUCCUCUGUAUGAUAGUUCAAAAUGUCCUUUCAUUGAUAAUGAAUUCAACUGUCAGAAGUAUAAAAGGCCUGAUAAUUUGUACCUCAAAUACAGAUGGCAACCUUUUUCUUGCAACCUGCCAAGAUUUAAUGGGUUGGUUUUCUUGGAGAAAUAUAGGGGAAAGAAUAUAAUGUUUGUAGGUGAUUCACUGAGUUUGAAUAUGUGGGAGUCAUUAGCUUGUAUGAUUCAUUCAUGGGUUCCAAAUGCCAAAACUGCUGUCUUAAGGAAAGAAGGACUUGCUGAAAUUGCAUUUCUGGAGUAUGGAGUUAGAUUGUUAUUGUACAGGACACCAUACUUGGUGGACAUGGUGAGAGAAAAUAUUGGAACUGUUCUAAAACUGGACUCUAUCAGAAGUGGCAAUGCUUGGAGGGGAAUGGACGUCUUGAUUUUCAACAGUUGGCAUUGGUGGACCCACACCAAAAGUUCUCAGCCGUGGGAUUACAUGCAAGAAGGGAACAAAAUAUUCAAAGAUAUGAACCGUUUGGUAGCUUAUUACAAAGGGAUGUACACAUGGGCUAAAUGGGUUGACAGAAAUGUUGACCCAUCAAAAACCAAAGUCUUCUUUCAAGGAAUUUCCCCAACUCAUUAUGAGGGAAAGGAUUGGAAUGAUCCAACAAAAUCAUGCAAAAGUGAGAAACAACCAUACUUGGGGAUAAAGUAUCCAGCAGGGAUAACUCCAGCAGCCAUUGUGGUUAACAAAGUACUAAGCAGAAUUAGAAAACCAGUUCAUUUAUUGGACCUUACAACUUUAUCUCAAUAUAGAAAAGAUGCGCAUCCAACUUUCUAUAGUGAUCACAAUACUUUAGAUUGCAGCCAUUGGUGUCUCCCUGGAUUGCCUGAUACCUGGAACCUUCUUCUCUACACAUCGCUCAUCAGCUGAAAUACACGAUAGAAAUAUAGUCGGCAGACCUCUUGUAACAACAUUUCGCUAUAACGAUCAAGUUUAACUACAACAGCCAAAAACUAUCUGGACAAAUGAUGUUAUCAAAAGCGAGGUUCGACGUUGCAAGGAGAUUUAUGAUUUGUGUUUAGGAAUUUGUUUGACUUUAAUUGUCAUUUGAUAAUUAAGUCAUCAAAAUAAGAUUAUGGUUAGUGAGUGUUGAAGGUGUAACAUAGAAAAAAAUAUGAUUUUUAAGGCAUGAGAGGUUGCCUUAAUUAGUUGAACUUGAUGAGGCAUAUUGCCUUCGAAUUUGUACUUAAUUUCCGUUGAUUCAAUUUAUGAAGUUGUAAGAUUAAUUUUUACGCUAAUUGAAAAGCAAAAAUUAUGAAUUUUAUUUUA